AUGUUUGAUGCUGUCCGCCGGUACCGCGAGCGAGGAGGGACGGAGGUCGAACUAUCUGAGUUCAUCCAUUCUAGAAGGCCACACUACGGCGUGAACUUCUUUGUUAGUGGCUAUGAUACUCCCCAACCAUGCUUCCUUGGUGCCACAGAGCAGGUCGUCACCAAGAAUGGUGUCUGGGUAGGUGUAAUUAUUGAUUACCGGGUGCAAGAGGACCUCGAAAGACGUCUACAGCAGACCAUCGCGGCCGUGGCACGUACAUUACGAAAGUCCUCAUAUAUGGGCUGGGUUGGCAUCGAUCUUAUCUUUGACCUUAACGACCAGCCUCUGGUAGUGGAUCUGAAUGCUCGUAUAGCUGCGGGGAUUGGUGUUGUUCUUUUCUCUAGACACUUUUUGUCUAUGGGUUUUCCGUUUGCUCAGAUGGAAACGGUAUCAUUUUGCGGGCCUGCUUCAGUACCUUACGAUGCGAUGUCUGCCGAGAUUGAGUCUGGCCAGGUGAUUGUAACUCUCUCAGCGGAAGUCACAGAGACCGAGUCUGUAGCCUCGGUAGUCUUUGGCGGUCGUACUCGAGAAGAUUUGCACACGGUAGGGGACUGGAUUCGGGACGUGUUACCAGCCUGUUUUAAGACUUAA